CGGUUCUUUACGCUGGACGCAGACUCGAUGGUGGAGAAAUUGCAACGCAAGUACGGGUCUCAGCUGUCACUCGCACAGAACCCCGUAUGGAUGACCGGAUUUCGUCAAUCAGUAGCGAGAACAAACGAGGAAUGCUUUGAAUACCAAUUAUACGGAAAAUGGAGGCGGCAGUCGCUUCUUGUUGGCCGCAUCCUUGAACCCCUCAUGCUUAUUCAGACUGCAGUUGCUAAGUACCCGGAUGUUGGGAAGAUUGUAAUACGAAGACCCGUAUUCAUUACAGGGACCGGUCGAAAUGGCUCGACACUGCUUCACAAUCUCUUGUCUUAUUACAGCAAUGUUAGAUACUUGACAAUGGAGGAGUGCUGCAAUCCAGUUCCUGACAUUAGGAGCAAAGCGUUUGAUUUAAAAUGGUACCAAAACCGGCAAAGCUGGUGGAGAGACCUCAUGUCGGCAUCCAAAAAGACACUUCUUGACUUGGAACUGUAUAGUCAUCCUCUAUCGGCUUCGAAUCCCGAGGAAUGCAUUUUACUGUUGAGCAAGUAUCUUUUUUGGAUGCCGUUAUUGUCAUUUGGUGGGCCGUAUGUGGGGACUAGUUGGGGUUUGUCUCAAACAGCAUUUGCUUGUGAGGCGUACAAACUGUUUAAACGAGACCUACAAUUGCUGCUGUAUUGUGAUCAGCUGGUGAAAGGAUUUGAUGUGUCGAAUACUCGAUAUGUGCUCAAGUGUCCCUAUCACACCCCAUUUCACGAUGUUAUUAGACAAGUGUUUUCCGAUGCUGUGAUAAUACGACUUCAUAGGGAUCCUGUAGAGGUGGUGCCGUCUUACAGCUCAAUGAUGACGAGGAUAUUAGAUUCGUAUCCCAGUAAGAAUAACAGCCGUGCAACGAUAGGUAGAGACGUUAUGAAGUGGGUUGAGAUGUGUUGCAAUCGGAUGGUCAGCGAGGGUACAGACAGUGGCAUGAUAGAUGUCCGAUAUGCAGACCUAAUGAAAGAUCCCAUCGGAAUGUGUUCUCGAAUUGCUGCCGCUGUCGGGUUAGAGCACAAUAGUGAUGUUGAAAAGAGACUGAUUGCUCACUUGGAAGAUAAUCCAAAGCACAAAUAUGGAAUUCACGUUUAUAAUGUGGAUCAAUUUGGAUUGAACUCAACCGAGAUUCGUAGAAAUUUGGCCAAGUAUUGUGAGACUUUUAAUGUAUAGCGUUCAUUCUGUACAAAAUGUGAUUAUUAUACGAAGAAGUAUUGAAUUUAUUGUAGGAAUGAGAUUGUUGGUGUUGGUGUUGAAUAGGACCAAUUGCCUCAGUCAGGUUCUUAUUGUACGUGACAAGGCCAUAUGAUACAUUUUUUAGUACAGAAAACAAAUAC